UGCGGAUGUCCACAUGUGUUUAAGAUAUGCGCUUACUCUUAUUAUUCUGUUGUAUUUAAGUCGACACAGCAGUGUAACAUUUUACGGCUGUUUUGUCUGGAGGCUUUAGAAACCAGAUCCGACCUUACUUUUCUUUCUGUGACAAGGUGCCUAUCAUGGGACUCACUAGCCUGGAUAAGAUUGUUGCACUGCAGAGGAACCCUGCCAACAUCAGAAACUUGUGCAUUUUGGCACAUGUUGACCAUGGCAAAACUACUCUGGCAGACUGCUUAGUGGCAAGUAAUGGUAUCAUAUCAAGUCGACUGGCUGGGAAGCUGAGGUAUCUGGACAGCCGGGAGGAUGAACAGAUCCGAGGAAUCACCAUGAAGUCCAGUGCCAUCUCUCUGCAUUACAGACACAGAGAUCAGGAGUACUUGCUAAAUCUGAUCGAUUCUCCCGGUCACGUCGACUUCUCCUCUGAAGUUUCUACUGCUGUCAGGCUGUGUGAUGGCGCCAUUGUAGUGGUUGAUGCUGUGGAGGGAGUGUGUCCCCAGACCCAAGUUGUGCUGCGUCAGGCGUGGUUGGAGAACAUCAGGCCUGUUCUGGUCAUCAAUAAGAUAGACCGACUCAUCGUAGAGCUGAAGCUCACCUCUCAGGAAGCUUACACCCACCUGCAGAAGAUCCUGGAACAGGUGAACGCAGUGACAGGGACUUUGUUCACAUCCAAAGUGCUGGAGGACCGAGCAGAGAAAGAGAAGGAGGAGGAGAAAGAAAGUGAGGCGUUGAGUGGGGAUCAGGUUUAUGACUGGAGUGCUGGGCUGGAGGAGACGGACGACUCCCACCUGUACUUUUCUCCUGACCAAGGAAAUGUGGUCUUUGCCAGCGCCAUAGAUGGAUGGGGUUUUAGCAUCCAGCAGUUUGCCCACAUCUACAGCCAGAGAAUGGGCAUUAAGGCAGAGGUGCUACUCAAAACCCUGUGGGGAGAUUUCUACCUCAAUGCAAAAGCCAAGAAGAUCAUGAAAGGAGCUCAGGCCAAAGGAAAGAAACAGCUUUUUGUGCAGCUUGUGCUGGAUAACAUUUGGAGUUUAUAUGAUGCAGUUGUCACUAGGAGAGACAAGGAGAAGGUGGAGAAGGUAGUGACAUCACUUGGGAUAAAGGUGAUGGCCAGAGAUUUGCGUCACUCCGACCCCAAAGUCCUCCUUUCUGCCAUCUGCAGCCAGUGGUUACCUGUGUCUCAGGCUGUCCUCUCGAUGGUGUGUGAGAAGCUUCCUUGUCCACUAGACAUGGCAGCAGAGAGGGUGGAGAAACUAAUGAGCGUGGGAGCGCAACGAUUUGACUCGUUGCCCGAACAGACGCAGGAACUUAAAAAUGCGUUCCUCCAGUGUUCGAGCGACGGGAAUGCUCCAACCAUUGUCUUUGUGUCCAAGAUGUUUGCCGUGGACUCUAAGGCCUUGCCUCAGAACAGACAGAGGCCAUUGACUCAGGAGGAGAUUGCCCAACGAAGGGAGCUGGCUAGACAGAGACAUGCAGACAGGAUGAUAGCUGAUCAGACAGCUGCAGAGAGCCACAAAGACCUCAGUCACUCGGGGAGUAUGCCACAGGAAAGUCAACCUGCAGGACUCAGUACAGCUAAGAUGGAGAGUCUGACACUGAAAGACUCAAAGCCAGAGGAGGAAGAGAAGCAGAAGGAGACCUUCAUAGCAUUUGCACGAGUCUACAGUGGAGUGGUCAAGAGAGGACAAAGAGUAUUUGUACUGGGACCAAAAUAUGACCCUGCCCGGGGCCUGAGCAUGCUCCCAGAGGGUUGCAGUACUUCAGACUGUGUGCCUGAGGUGCCCCAUCUAUCCUGUUGUUCCAUUGAAAACCUCUACUUGCUGAUGGGCAGAGAGCUCGAGGAGCUGGAGGAGGUGCCUGCAGGAAAUGUCCUAGGUAUCGGAGGCCUGGAGGAGUGCGUCUUAAAGUCAGCGACCCUGUCAAGCUCCCCUGCCUGCUCACCCUUCACCCCACUCAACUUUGAGGCCACACCCAUCGUGCGUGUUGCCAUAGAACCCAAACACCCAGGUGAGAUGCCAAAGCUGGUGCGUGGCAUGCGUCUGUUGAACCAGGCAGACCCUUGUGCUGAGGUUCUGAUCCAGGAAACAGGAGAACAUGUUCUGGUCACUGCUGGUGAAGUUCAUCUCCAACGCUGCCUGGAUGACCUCCGAGACCGGUUUGCUAAAAUUGAGAUCAGUGCAUCCAAGCCCAUCAUUCCCUUCAGGGAAACAGUGGUACGUCCUCCUAAAGUGGACAUGGUGAACGAAGACCUGGGCAAGCAACAGAAAGUCGCCAUCAUUCACCAGACGAAAGAAGAGGCCUCUCAGGGCCGAUUGUCUGAUACUCUACAAGUGGACGCGAGUGGUCUGGUCACCCUUACCACUCCCAACAGGCUGGCCACUGUGAGUGUCCGGGCAGUCCCCCUCCCACAAGAAGUGACUCAUCUAUUGGAGAGCAGCACAGAGCUGAUUCGGACUCUGGAGCAGCUAAACAUGUCUCUGAGGGAGGGGAAGAGUCUGGACGUCAGCCCUAGGACCCUGGAGGCCAUAGCUGGACUCAAGGCCCAACUGGAGAGCCUGCUGCAAGGGAGGAAGUGGAGGAAUGCUGUGGAACGUAUCUGGUCAUUUGGGCCUCGCAGGUAUGGUCCCAACAUCCUGCUGAACAAUGUGGAGGACUACCAGCGGCCGUCAGUGUGGCAAUGUCUGGCCAUAGCAGCCGAGGCUGGAGCUCAGGCUGCUGUUAUACGAGACUUUGAUAACAGCAUCAUCAGCGGCUUCCAGCUAGCAACUCUCUCAGGGCCCAUGUGCGAGGAGCCCCUCAUGGGAGUUUGUUUUUCCAUUGAGAGGUGGGACAUCCAGUCUUCAGCCUUGCCACAACAUCAGGACUCCUUGGAGGAGGACUCUGUAUCCCAAGAGAAUGUAGCAGACAGCAAAGUGGAAAGAAGUAUCAAGACAUCGGCACAGGGGGAGGGCACAGCAGCAGAGCCAAGCCAGGCCAGACGAAGAUUAGACGCUGCCUCUGCAGACUGUUAUGGGCCAGUCUCCGGCCAGCUGAUUGCUGCCAUGAAGGAAGCCUGCCGCCACGCCUUCCAGGCUCAGCCCCAGAGACUCAUGGCUGCCAUGUAUACAUGUGAGAUUAUGGCCACUGCUGAAGUGCUAGGCCGAGUAUAUGGUGUACUGGGGAAGCGAGAGGGUCGCGUCCUUCAUGAAGAGAUGAAGGAAGGGACAGACAUGUUCAUUAUAAAGGCUGUUCUGCCUGUGGCUGAGAGCUUCGGAUUUGCUGACGAGAUCCGCAAGAGGACCAGUGGAUUGGCCAGUCCACAACUGGUCUUCAGCCACUGGGAGGUGAUAGGCAGUGAUCCAUUCUGGGUUCCCACCACUGAAGAAGAAUACCUGCACUUUGGGGAGAAAGCCGACUCCGCCAACCAGGCCCUCAAAUACAUGAAUGCUGUCCGCCGCCGCAAAGGCCUCUACGUAGAGGAGAAGAUAGUAGAGCACGCAGAGAAGCAGAGAACUCUCAGCAAGAACAAGUAGGGAAGAGAAGACACAGAAGCAGAAGAUACCUCCAGCAGUGACACAGCUGACUAUCCAUCCAGCCAGGACUGCAGAUGCUAACGACUGUGCUCUUACAUGUGUGAAGUUACUGCAGAUGCUAACGACUGUGCUCUUACAUGUGUGAAGUUCACCGUUAUUUGCAGAGGGGCAGAUGUCAUAUCCAAAUGCAGCAAAGUAUCUUCAUCACAGCAGCAGUUCCAGUCUGGCUGCUUAUUCAACAGGCAGUGACUUUCAUAUUUUAUCAGCUUUCAUAAGAUACACAAUAAGAUUCUUGAUUAGUUGGCCUGAAUGAUACACACAUACUGAGAAUAUAUUACAAAUUCCGUUAACUCUUGAAAAUCAUGUUGUUUUUAAUGCAAAUCUGUGUUCAUACACACAUGACAGCAUCACAGACAUUAUUUAUCAUUGGUUUACACAUUUACACUGUAUGACAUGACAGCUUAUUGUGGUACAUACUACAAAAAUGAAAUAACUCUGAUCUUUUCCAUAUCUCCAGUAAUUUUAAGACCACCAUGUCAAAAUGCAAUUUCAAACAUGACUUUCCUCAGGUGUUCAGGCCAUUGUUGGGAAAGAGGAACCCUGAGAUUUUGAGAAUAAAGUUUAAGAAAAAAAAUAGUACUGUCAUGGGAAUGAUGUAAUCUCACAGUAAAUAAGUCAUAAUAUUUUGAGAUAA